CAUUAUUAUUGUUGCGUCGGGAAUAGUUGUAUCCACUAGCUGUGUUGAAGUCGGGAGUUGUCGGAUUUUAUAAUUUUUUUAAGAAAUUUAGUAGAAAAUGGCUGGUGGCAAGGCUGGUAAAGAUAGUGGAAAAGCUAAGGCGAAAGCAGUUUCUCGUUCAGCGCGUGCUGGACUUCAGUUCCCUGUGGGCAGAAUUCAUAGACAUUUAAAAAAUAGAACAACGAGCCACGGACGUGUUGGAGCCACCGCAGCCGUAUACUCUGCGGCUAUAUUGGAAUAUUUGACCGCCGAAGUCCUGGAAUUGGCUGGAAACGCCAGUAAAGAUUUAAAAGUAAAGAGAAUCACCCCGAGACAUUUACAGCUCGCCAUCAGAGGAGACGAAGAGUUAGAUAGCUUAAUUAAGGCUACUAUCGCCGGCGGUGGAGUUAUCCCUCACAUUCACAAAUCACUUAUUGGAAAGAAAGGAGCACAUUCUCAACCCGCUUAAGAAAUACAUUAUAUAUAAAUCUAAUAAUUUAGUAAUAUUAAUUAACAAGACUUAAGAAAAAAUGUGUCAAUGAUGUGUUUUAAUAUUGUUGGGCACGUGUUCACCGUAUGCAAGGCAAUGCAAUACUAUGUAAAAAUAGAGGAAACUUACGUCGUCUGACUAACCUGCCGCAACGGCUAUAUUUUUAUUUCGAUUUUUUAUAUCAAAUUUCCGUUAAUGUGCCUUGUAAUUAAAUUUUUUUUCUCGGUUCUUUUUGUGUAGUUUUAGCGUAUAGUUGACAAAAGUAAA